AUGUCAAAAUUAAUAAAAACGGUUUCUUGCUUUAUUUCUGUCUUUCUUUCUUUUUAUCUAUCUAAGUCUGUUCAUAUGGAUGUAUCUAUCUGUCAGUCUUUUUGUAUCUAUCUGACUGCUCAUAUCUAUCUAUCUAUCUAUCUAUCUAUCUAUCUAUCUAUCUAUCUAUCUAUUUCAGCUCAUAUCUAUAUAUUUCAGUCUGCUCAUAUCUAUCUAUUAUUUUCAUAUCUGUCUAUCUAUCUAUUUAUCUAUCGAUCUCAGUCUGUUCAUACCUAUAUGUCAAUCUGUUCAUAUCUAUCUAUCUAUAUUUCUCAGUUCGUUCGUAUCUCACUCUCUCUCUCUCUCUCUCUCUCUCUCUAUCUAUCUAUCUAUCUAUCUAUCUAUCUCUCUAUCUAUCUCAAUCUGUUCAUUAUCUAUUUAUCUAUCUAUCUAUCUAUCUAUAUCAAGAUGAACGACAAAUAG